AAUUUUAGAAUAGCAGCAUUGAAAUCAUUUAAACUUCUCGGGAAUAAAAUGAAAAAAUUUUCAAAUAAAUCAACAUUUUGUGUUUGUUCAAUAAUUUACGUUUUAAUUACAAUACAAUCAUCAUUUGUGUUCAGCUAUAAUGUUACAAAUUUCAAUACGCCAGCAGCCCGUCAUAUCAUGCGUUUGUCCAAAUCUGCAGAAAUGCGUACCUAUAUGAAACCUGAAGUGGAUGCUUGCAGAGAUUUUUACAAAUACGCCUGCGGUAAUUGGUCCAAUAUUAAUCCUGCACUUAAUGAACCGAAAACUGGUAUAUUUAAUGUUUUAUCCAAGGCCUUCGAUCGUAAGGUAUUGAAAAUUUUACAAGCAACUGAAACUUUGGAAGUUACAAAAACUGAUAGAAAAGUCAGGGAUUUUUAUGAAUCCUGUUUGCAACGUUUCCAAAAGAAAGAUAACUAUAGCGAAAAUCUCCUAAAUAUAAUGGAAGAGUUUGGUGGUAUGCCAGCUGUGAAAGGUGCGGCUUGGCAGGAGACUAAAUUUGAUUGGCUAGAGACUAUAGCCCAGAUAUUACGAAAAUAUGGAUACAAUAUAAUAUUGGGUGUGGAUAUAAAUUCAGAUUUAACCAAUAAUAAAAUAAAUCGUUUAUAUAUUGGCCAAUUGGAUGAUUUAAUAACCAAUAAAUCUAACGAAUAUUAUUUUGGUUUGUCCUUUUUAUGGCAAAUACAAAUGCAGUCGGUGUUGGGUUUAUCUCCUGCACACGCUUCAAACAUUUCCCGAGAAAUUACCGACUUUGCUCAAAAACUAGCUUCUGGUAUGAUAGAUCCCAUGGAAGGUUUGGGUAUAGAAGAUAAAACCCGUUUAAGAUCGCUGAAGGAAAUGACCGAGAAUUAUGGUCCUACUAUUAAUUUUACACAAUUUGUUAAGAGCUGGCUGGGUUACGACUAUCGCUUGCCAGUCUAUGAAUAUGUUGAAAACUAUAUAAAAAAUUUACAUGAUCUAGUACUGAAUACUCCACGUGAAGUCUUGGCCAACUAUAUAAUGUGGGAAUUGAUACAAGAUUUUCGCUUGGAAGCUCAAAAAAACAUGGAGAAACAAAUAGAAAAAUGCGUUGAAAUUACUAAAAAACAUUUUCUGAAAUAUUUUAAUAAUCUCAUCUACAAACAACUGCUUAUUCAACAACCAGAUAUUAUUGAAGAAGUAAAAUCUAUGUGGCAGCAACUAAAGGUAUCUUUUGAAAACAUAUUGCUGGCUUCCUCCUCCGGCUGGAUGCUUGAGUCUACUAAAAACAAGGCUUUGGAAAAGUUAUUGGCCAUGACAAUUGAAAUAAAUGGUUAUGAAGAUGUGAACUUUCAAACAGAAUUCAGUUUGGAAAUUACAUCAGAUGAUUUUUUUGCAAAUCUCAAAAAUGUUUUACUGCUGAGGGGACACAAUUUCAGGAUGAAAUUAGAAGAGCCACCUAGACUGGAAGAACAUAAAAAGCUUAGUUUUACACCAGCUUAUGCGGCGGAAUAUAAUCGUGUUAUACUACCAGUCGCUUUCCUACAACCCCGUUAUCUAUGGGAUGAUGUUUAUCCUAAGGCUUUGAAAUACGGUACUAUGGGCUUCAUUAUGGCCCAUGAAAUGGCUCAUGGCUUUGAUGAUACCAUACGUAAAUUUGAUGCCAAGGGUAAUCUUAAUAAUUGGUGGGAUCUCAAUGCCAGUGCUGUCUUUGACGCACGUAAAGAAUGUCUACGUCAGCAAUAUGGCAAGCUAAGAUUUGGUGGGGAACUGCUGGCCAAAACUCAGGCUCAGGGAGAAAAUAUUGCCGAUAAUGUUGGCAUACGUAUUGCUUAUGCUGCCUACGAGAUGUGGUUAAGCGAACAUUAUCAUACUCCAGAACAUUUACCGCAUAUGGACUCGAUAAAUGCUCGCCAAUUAUUUUUCAUUAGUACCGCACAAAUGUGGUGCACAGAUAUUAAUCGUAUUCUACAUCAUAUACUUAUCACUACCGAUGUUCAUCCACCCGAAGAAGUUCGUGUACGUGCUAUGUUUUCCAAUUUCGAUGCAUUCGCUGAGGCAUUCGAAUGUCAACGGGGCUCACAAAUGCAUCCGGUUAAGAAAUGUAUUAUUUUUUGAUCAAAUAAA